UGUUUUUUGUUCAUUUUAUAGAUUCUUAUGUGUGUUACUUUUGUACCUCUUUACAGUUAUUUUCUCGAUAGAUUGCAUUUGGCUAUUGAAGAUCAAAUUUCACAUGGCAUUGUAUUAUGGUAUGAUAGUAUUAUAGAAACAGGACAAUUGUUGUGGCAGAAUGAGCUCAACGCCAAGAAUGUGCGUUUCUUAAAGUCAUCGCAUGGCAUGCUUAUCAACUAUUCAUGGACCGAUAAAAGUCUCGAGGUGACGCGUACAUUAUGUGAACGGGAGCGGGCUGCCUGCCAAACUAUAUUCUUUGGCAUUGAUAUUUUUGGCCGCGGACAAAUUGCUAAAUUUCAUAGUAAACAAACCUUGGCACGCAUAGCUAAACAAUGUUUCUCAGUUGGUAUAUUUGCGCCAGCCUGGACCUAUGAAACGUUACAGCAAUACGGUUACGACAUUAAACACAUUACAGGUCGUAAUGAUGUCAAUGAAGCAUUCUUGCAACGCAACGAGAAAUUCUGGUGGUCGCUAUGGGAGCAUUUGGCCACAUAUCCCUAUCAUUAUCUACCCUUCUAUACGGAUUUCUGUUUAGGUUCGGGUAGACAAGUGUACGUGCGGGGAAAAAUUGAGAUUUUAAAUGAAACUCCUUUCUUUAAUUUGUCACGUCAAUCGUUGCAGCCAUCAGUGCCGUUACAUGAAUUGGCCACCCGUUGCUAUGAGGAUGCUUUCAAUGGCGGCUCAUGUUUACGUAUAGAACAGCAUGACAGAACUUUUCGUUUGUUUGCUACCGAUUUUAAAUUACAAUACAAUGGCUUAGUGUGUGCGUAUGCAUACAAAUUGCAGGAGCGCGAUGGUGAAUUCGAUUGCAUUUUACGUUUCUGCACAGACAACAAUGCACAUGAUUGUUAUCUAUUCCUCGGUGACUAUUAUGAUACGUUCAGCUUGUACAAGGGCAGGUGCUAUGUAUCGCCGUUUAAGGCCAAAGAAAAUGAAGAAUUAUUGAAAGAUUCUGUUGCAUGUCCAGAAAUACCGAUAUCUUUAUCCUGCGAUGACCUGGCGUCAGCUAAUAGUAACGGUUGGCGCGUGCGUUACUAUGUAGUGGCGUUUGAUGGUCCAGUGCAUAUAAAAGAUGCAGGAGUUUUAUAUCGAAAAUCGACGGAUGCGAAAGACACUGCCUACCUCGGUGCUUUUUAUUUGAAUGAAUUUGACGUGAAUGCCUACAAUUUUUCAACGGCCAGCAAUUUCGCUUACAUACCGAUCUACGGUAAAGAUUUAUUAAAUUGAAUAUUUCUUCGUAACGUCGCUUCGUUUCUUUUGCAGUCAUAGUAAAGAAACAUAUAAAGGAAAAAAGAGAUAAAUAAAUUAAUUUCAGAAACAUUAAGAUUUAAUUUAAAUUAUUUUCAUACAUUUUGAAUUUAUUCCUUAAACACACUACACAGACCUUUUAUUCCGAGAUUAAACUGCGCUGUACUUUUUAUUCACUUAUUUUUUGUUAAGCAAAAGCAGCAAAACUCUAGUUUUGAAUUCACAAA